UCCCGACGAAGGAUAGAGAGAGAGAGAGAGAGAGAGAGAGGGAGAGGGAGAGCGAUCAGAGUUCAGUCAGCAAAAGCAGAGUGAUCAGAGGAAAGUGGAAGAAAAGAGAAAUAUUCUUACAUGGUCGAGAAAAAGCUGUAAGAACGAAAGCAAAAGAGCUUUCAAACCCCAUUCCUCUCUCUCUCUUCUGCACACGGAGCAAAGCCAUAUAACAUAACAUAACCUCCAUUGGAAUUCUCGUUUCGACUUUCCGGCAUAUCGGGCUUCGGAUCUGCCACCCACUAUACCAACACCCUCCACUACCCCCCAACCUCCGAUUCUUUAUUCCUAUAUGUUUCGGUCGAGUUGAGUUGAGUUGAGGAGCCUCUGUUCUGCCUGAUUACCCUUGCGAGGAGUUCUUUUCGUUCUGCGCUGAGCUUCACAUGGCUGGGAGCGGGCACGAGGGUCUCGGCGACGAGUUCUUCGAGCAGAUCCUGGCUGCACCGCCGGGGAGUUACGCUGGAGCAGCGGGGUACGGCGGGGGAGGCGGAGGCGGAGGAGGAGGAGGAGGGGGAGGGGCGGCUGAUAUGGGCCCCAUGCACAUGGUGCUGCAGCUGGGCUCCGGCGGCGGGGGAGCCGGAGACGGUGGCGGCGGGGGGAUGGGGAUGCUUCCGCUGGGGCUGAACUUGGAGCAGAGCGGCGGCCGGCUGCUUGGCCAGGAAGACGGCGGAGGCGGCGUGAGAAGGUUCAGGGACGAGCUGGCCAAUAGCAAUAACUCACCUUCUUCCACUUCUUUGGUUAAUAUGGAGAGUGAACUUGUGCACAACAUGUCGGGCCUCUUCCCGGCGUUUGGGCAGCUGCAGGCUCCGCCACUCCGGGCGCCGCCGCCGCAGCCCGUCCCCCAUAUUCACCAGGCUUUCCAAAGCCAACAACCAGGUGGAUCGAUCUCUGCUGCACCGAACCAACCAGCCAUCCGCCCGAGGGUUCGAGCUAGAAGGGGGCAGGCCACAGAUCCGCACAGCAUUGCCGAGCGGUUGCGAAGGGAGAGAAUAGCAGAGAGAAUGAAAGCAUUGCAGGAAUUGGUUCCGAGUUGCAACAAGACAGAUAGGGCAGCUAUGCUUGACGAAAUUGUGGACUACGUCAAGUUCUUGAGGCUGCAAGUCAAGGUACUGAGUAUGAGUAGACUUGGUGGAGCGGGCGCUGUGGCUCAACUAGUGGCCGAUGUUCCCCUGUCCUCAGUCGAGGGAGAGAGCGAUGAGGGCGGAAACAGUCAGCAGCCUGCAUGGGAGAAAUGGUCGACGGAUGGGACGGAACAGCAGGUGGCUAAGCUGAUGGAAGAGGACGUGGGGGCUGCCAUGCAGUUCCUCCAGUCCAAGGCCCUCUGCAUAAUGCCCAUAUCCCUCGCCUCAGCAAUCUUCCGAACAAACCAACCCGACUCACAGAUACUCAUCAAGCCCGAGUCCAACACCCCUACUUAACGACAGAAGGCAAAAAGGUGUUCCUUGUGCGUAAGUAAUGUAUCGAAAAAAUAAUUUUUCUGAUGGGGUAGUCUAAUUUCGGGCAGAUACCGCACCGCAUCUUGUAAUCUUAACUCGUUUGAAUCUUAUGUAAUGGUAGCUCUACUGCUUUAUGUCAGUCCCUCCUCUCUUCCUCUCUCCCUCGUCCAAGUUUGUCAAACAAGGAGCGUGAUUAAGUGUUGAUUUCCUGUGACAAGUCAAUGGAGGAAACCCGAAAAGUUCUUGUGA